UUGCACCCGGCUUCUACAAGUUCAUCAAGAUGCUCGAAUACGAGACCGCGAAUCCAAAUCAAGAUGCUUCCAGACCCAUAAGGCGACCAUUUCAACCCCGACGACCACGCAAGCAACCCUCGCACCUCCUUCGCGCCGGAAGACUAUACCGACGCUGCUGCCAACAUGGAAAAUGGAAGACUUCACGGGACGCCAAGGGAAUACGGUGCAGGAAGAAGACCAUACGGUGAGAGCCCGGCGCCACCGCAACCGAAUGAUCAAUUUGCCGGCUUGGCUGAGGGACGCAUGCAUGCUGAUGAGAUUGUAAACCUUACUUACAGUCUUGGAGGCGGUUCGGAUCGCGCCUUAGCGUCGCCGGUUGGGAACCAGGUGCACAAAUCUGCCAUGAAGCCGGGAUCGUUCAAUAUCAGUACAAAUGGGAAUGGGAAUUGACAUCGAGGGGAGAGGUCAGUGAGGAAUAAUACUUACGCAAAUCGGUAGUUGAACCAGGGGUUACCUGAUGAUGAGGAUUUUUAUGAGAAGCAUGGUGUUUGAUGUGGAGGGUUGAUUCGUGAAUGGAGAGUGUUUGGAAAUAUGAUGUUAUGAUGAGCAUAUACGAAAGCGUUGGAGUUGGUUUGUAUAUAGCAAUGUAUAAUACAAUACUAUUUAUAAAGACG